AUGUUGGACGGCUACCAACUCCUCUUAAAAGCACAGUGCUCGGAAUCGCUAGACUUGCUAGGACUGUCACAAGCAGAGAUAUUGAUUAUCAUCGAAAACGAAAGACGAUAUGAUGUGAAAACUCGUCUCUGCGAGAGGAUUGCUUUUUUAAUUUACCAAGACUCGAACUUUGGACGUUUACCGCACAACUCUUCGGAAGUUUUCGCGUCCAUCAACAGAUUAUGUAAAUCAAUGCCAACUGGUUUUUCAUUUGAAGGUAGAUAUUCAAAUUAUGAUCCUGAAACAUUUGUCGGGCCGUCCACCACGAGUGAUACACUUCAAAAUUUCCCAAAUCAUUCUCUUGAGCGGAUUUUAUGUGCGACGCUUCUAUCAACCUCAGAAGAAGACCUUCCUUCUCUUCUUGACUCAAUUUUCUCUCAGAAAUAUCCAACAACUGCGACUCUAACCCAGAAGCUUCUGGAUAAUGAUGAACGAUUUCUUACAUGUACACUUGCACUUUUACCUCUCAUUGAGACUUUACCAACAAGUUCAAUAUUCCAUCCCGUGUCUGUGUUUCUCGAGGCCAUGCAUCUCAUAAGCUACGAUUGUGAAGUAGUAAUUGACUGGUUGAAUUCUGAAUUGGCAUCUUCUUCACUGAUUCUACGAAUUCUAAAAUCAAAUUGCCAUGACAAAAACAGAAACUGCUGGAUGAGUUAUUCCCCGAUAAUCAAUGAAGCAGCUCUCUCCGAUAUCCAGCGAAAACAAAUUUCUCCUCUGAUAAAAGCUGCACCAUCGAUACAGUACCCUAAAGUCACGCUUAAAAUCACUGAAAUCGUGGGAGAUCAAGAAAUGACAAAAACGAUGAAAUUCCAAGGAUCUGAAAGUAAACGCAUGUGUUCACACAAACAUCCAACAAUUUUAAAGAAUACUGGAAGUUUUGGAAAAUGGGUUAACAUGGUUGUGGAAGUACGUGAGCGAUUGAGGAGACUGCUUUCAGCAAAAUUACUUCCAAAGAAGUUUGAUAUAAUUCUAAAGUGGUGUGAUAAGUUCUGGGAUAUUUAUGUAAAAUAAAGAUUUCUUUU